UAAAAUAACUCUUUGUAUUUGCCCUUUUUGCCAAAUUCAAUUUUUUUUAAUUAUUUCCAGUGACAUUUCCACGCAUGCGCGCAAACACGACCAGAAAAACUUAGGUUAGGUUUCUUGUUUGUGAUUUAGAAUACAAUAAAAAUGAUUUUAAUUUUGAAAAACAUGAGCCCGACAACGUCAUGGGCGUUGCGAAAUUUCCCAAAGGUUCUCUUCAGUACAAAAUCGGCUGAAAUCCCCACAAAUGCCCUCAAAGACGUAACCACGGCCCACAAACAACCCGAAAAUGGGGUUGUCUAUGACAAAAAACCCUUCAAAAUGCCUCUGGAAGCUGGUAAACGAUAUGUGUGGUGUCUUUGCGGCCACAGUCACACACAGCCCUUCUGUGACGGGACUCACAGAAACCAACAAUUGAAAAUAAAACUAAAGCCUGUGGCGUUUAAAGUCGAUGAAAGUAAAGACUAUUGGUUGUGUAAUUGCAAACACACGGCAAAUAGGCCCUUUUGUGACGGCACCCACAAACAACCAAUAGUCCAAGAAGCCAAUUCUGUAGUAAAACAAUGAGGACCCCCUUCUUGACUCUUCAACUCCAUUUCGAUCCGUUCCUUGGCCCUCACAACCUUCGAUUGGAGGUAAAACGAGCCCCCAUUUGCCUUUUCAUUCGCUUUAAAUAACGCUUCGUAGCGUUUAUCCACGUCUUCCUUACUUAAAUUCGUUAUGUUUAAUAUCUGUUUCGCUUCAUCUAACGAUAAACCUAGUUUGUUAUUGGCAAUUCUUUCGCUUCGUGUUUUCGCGUUUCCUAACCUCUGUGCUGCCUGUUGCGACGCCUCGUACUCUUGCUUAAUUGCCCGGGCGAAGGCCCGACCGAUCACUUGAGUCCCCGCUAUGAUAAUUUGGGCUAUAUAUUUGGCCAUUUUUGGGUAAAAAUUAAAAAUGCGCUAAAUUUUAAUAUAACCUCAAAAUGUCAAAGUCGCAGCGCCGCCUGGUGGUGACCGUGAGAUGGGAAAAAAAUGUCGAUGUUUUUUCAAACA